ACCCCCACUGGCAGUACGCAGAGGAUCUGGCAGAGCCGUCUGGCAUGAUGGAGAGACUACUGAGAAAGUGUAGAGUCCAGAAUCAGCUGGUGAGGGAGUGCCUGGCGGAGUGCCUCGGAGUUUACAUCGUGAUUUUGUUUGGCUGUGGCUCCGUUGCCCAGGUGACAACCACGGAGGACCAGAAGGGCCAGUACCUCUCCAUAAACCUGGGCUUCGCUCUGGGGACCUGCUUCGGGGUCUUCGUCUCCCGGGGGGUGUCAGGUGCUCACCUCAACCCCGCCGUGUCUCUGAGUCUGUGCUUUCUGGGCAGGCAUCCGUGGAUCAAGCUCCCCUUCUACGUCUUCUUCCAGGUCUUCGGCGCCUUCCUGGCGGCCGCCACGGUCGCCCUUCAGUACUAUGAGGCGAUCCUGUUAUUCGGCGACGGUCAACUGCUGGUCACGGGUCCCAGGGCGACGGCGGGAAUAUUCUCCACCUAUCCCGCCGGCUACCUCAGUCUGUGGGGGGGCAUCGUGGACCAGGUGAUCGGCACGGCGGUAUUGCUGGUGUGUGUCCUGGCUCUGGGGGACGCUAAGAACUCCCCCGCGCCGCCCGGCUCGGAGCCCGUGAUGGUGGGCGCGGUGGUGCUAGUCAUCGGAGUCUCGAUGGGCUCCAACAGCGGCUACGCCAUCAACCCCGCCAGGGACAUCGGACCACGUCUGUUCACCUACUUCGCCGGCUGGGGAGCCGAGGUCUUCCAGGCUGGAGGUGGCUGGUGGUGGGUGCCCCUCGUGGCCCCGUGCCUCGGGGCUCUGCUUGGAUCCCUGAUCUAUGAGCUGUUCAUUGAGGUGCAUCACCCGGCAGACCAUACCCUGGAUCAGGGGGCCGCAGAGGGGACCAAGACUCUGGAGGUGGUCGACUCUGUCUCUGACCCGCCAAUGAACAACAAGGGAACCUCGUAACAGUCACUGAUGUCUUACCGCCUUGAGGUGGUCCCAAUGGGUGACUGCUGCAGCUUCUGGAAACACGGUGGUGUAUUUAAGCUUGGUAGGCCUAAUUGUAUGUCUUUGUACAUGUAUAUGACCAUGAUAAACCACUUGUUGCCUUGUUGUAAUGUAUAGUGAUGCAAUGGGUUAUAUAUUUGAAUACGUCCAUGAUCUGUCUAAUAGAUGGGUGUUUUGCAUCAGCGCCUAACCGGCGCGUGACUGGUGGUUAACCAGACCAGUUGAUGAAGGGUGAUGCUGUUAAAUGCACACAAAGUCACCAAGAUGAGUUUGGUUCUGCUGUAAGUAUAGAUCAUUAAAAAAUGUACGAUUUGAGAAA